UGCCUCAUAGACCAACAUAUAGCCGUCUCAGCACAUGCAUGAUAAACACCGUGGCUAUUGAAAAAUCUGGAUCUUUGCAGCUGAUAUAUCUGGUAUAUUUCGGCAAAAUGAAGUUCGUCAGGUUUAUUAUGAAGAAUGCUGCUUUGGCCAGUGCUCCUCAUCACAUUGAACACUUCUCCAAAUUUUCACCUUCUCCGCUUUCUAUGAAACAGUUUCUGGAUUUUGGUUCUACCAAUGCAUGUGAGAAAACGUCUUUUGUUUUCCUGAGACAAGAGCUGCCUGUACGUCUAUCAAACAUCAUGAAAGAAAUAAACCUGCUCCCCAAAAGAUUACUUGCCACACCUUCUGUACAAAUGGUUCAAAGCUGGUAUAUACAGAGUUUAAUGGACAUCUUGGAAUUCUUGGAGAAAAGUCCAGAUGAACAAAGUGUAUUAGAAGAGUUUGUGAAUGCUCUAGUCAACAUCCGAAACAGGCACAAUGAUGUUGUACCUACUAUGGCCCAAGGUGUGAUUGAAUAUAAAGAAGUAUUUGGUCAAGAUCCAGUCACCAGUCAGAAUAUUCAGUAUUUCCUGGACCGUUUCUACUUGAGCCGAAUAUCAAUCAGAAUGCUCAUCAACCAGCACACUCUUGUAUUUGAUGGUGCUACAAAUCCAGUUCACCCCAACACCAUUGGCAGUAUAGACCCUCAUUGCCAGGUGGCAGAAGUUGUUAAAGAUGCAUAUGAAAGUGCCAAGAUGCUGUGUGACCAGUACUACCUCAGCUCACCUGACCUGGUGCUUCAGGAACUCAACAGUAAGAAGAAUAUCAUUAUAUUAGCUAAUAACAGGAACCAGCCUAUUAACAUAGUGUACGUGCCUUCCCAUCUGUACCAUAUGCUGUUUGAACUGUUCAAGAAUGCAAUGAGGGCGACCAUUGAGAAUAAUAAAGAAGGCAGUAAUCUUCCACCCAUUCAAGUUAUGGUGGCUAUAGGUGGAGAGGACCUUACUAUCAAGAUGAGUGACCGAGGUGGUGGAGUUCCUUUCAGGAAGAUGGAGAAUCUCUUUAGUUACAUGUACUCCACAGCACCAAAACCCCAGAUGGAUGAUAAACAAAGGGCUCCCCUGGCUGGGUUUGGUUAUGGGUUGCCCAUUUCUCGACUCUAUGCCAAGUACUUCCAGGGUGAUCUUCAGCUGUACUCUAUGGAGGGCCAUGGCACUGAUGCAGUCAUUCACCUGAAGGCUUUAUCCACUGACUCAGUCGAGAGACUCCCAGUGUUUAAUAAGACCGCUCGACGAAACUAUGAAGUCACACAGGGGGCAGAUGACUGGUGCGUCCCCAGUCGAGAGCCUCUGGACCUUGCCGUGUUUAGACUGGCCAAGUGAAAGCGAGCAUGCAGCCUCCAGGAAGGAUACAGGAUACAGUUCUAUGACCGACGAGUGCAAACGGGGAUGGCCAUAGCGUCCACAUGGCCGAGCCCCAACUCACCACUCACUGUGAAGCCGCGUAGUUUCUCAGCAAUACCGUAGAUGUCGCAUGCGUUUUCCUCUACACCAUGAGUCUGUCAUUAGUUUUUUUGGUUUGAGAAACUAGGCUUUGUCACAGUGUUACCUUGAACAAUACCAACUCGUAUGAAGUGGGACAAAGUGCCAAGUUAAUCUGCACUGAAGCGCUCUUCCAUUAUUGGAAGACUGUUAAGUGUGAAGUGAGCCAGACGGACAGUUCACGGAGGUCAUGCUCACUGCAUUGGAGAAAAGGGCCAUCUAGACUAGUGGAACCAGCACGUGGGCUUGUGCCAAGAAACGUAAGAACACAUGAAUUCAGUGAUCAAGGGCCAAGAUGUGGUGAUAAAAACCAAUAUGCAACCCAUAAUGGAUCAUAUAUGUUAAAGUCUACAAGGCGAGCUUGUUGCAAUGCUGAAAUCAAGGAACACUUGUAAUUAAAUGUCUUUGAUUGCUAGUUUAGGAGUAUUUCUAUUCAAAAUGGCUAGAGGAGAAAGAGAUUGGAGGCCAUAAUGGUAACUGUAUUAGUGUGUGGCCAAUUAUGUCAGUGUGUUCCCUCGGAUUUUCUUUACGCAAGAGUUUAAAAAGGGGAUCAUAUAAGUAAUUGUGUUUAGAACCAGUUAAAACCAGAAUGUACCAAUAAUCUCAUUGAUUUAAACUUGAAGAACUUACAAUUUAUGCACCGAGCAUUUCAGACACAGACACAGUGUUUAUUCUUAAACAUGCUGAAGCAUUUUAGAUACCUCAUUGACUGAAGUUAGUUUGUCAACUUGAUGACCUUUGCUGAAAAAAAACCUGUUGCCUUUUUUAGUUUUGUGGGUCUUUGGCCACUAGUUCUCUGUGAUAUUAUAUAGCAUGCAAUCAGAGCUUCUAAUUUUAACCCUUCUCUUUCGAGAGCAUGCCUACUGUAUUAAACCAACCAUCUGCUUUGAACUUGCACCGUAUAACCUUACAUGUAAGGACCAUAUUUUGUGUAUUUAUAUUUUUGUUUUUGUUGUGUUACCCUUGAAAAUCUAAACUUUAUUUUUGUAAUAAGUUUCUCAUCUUAAGCAAAUGAUGUGUUAAAAUGGAAAUAAACAAAAUUUUUGUGUACAUUUUA